AUGGCGGAGCAGCUCCUCGACCAGGUCAGAGAUGUGGUUGAUGGCCAGAUUGACUUCGAGGGUCAGAAACUAGCCGAAGUGCUGGCAACAGGCCUCCUCGCAGCUGUCGGAGCAGUCUCCUUCCUCGUCGGCUUCUUCCUCCAAGACAUCGUGCUAGCCCUUAGGAUCGGCCUCGCCGGCACAGCACUUACCUUCCUCGUCGUCGUUCCUCCGUGGCCCUUCUUCAAGAGAAACCCAGUACAAUGGCUCCCCGUAGGCGGAGGUGAAUCAGCGACCACAACUACACAACAGAACUUAGUCAUCGAUGAGAAGCUGCUCGAAAAGCGAUGA